GUCCCAAGUAAAGGACAUAAUUAUGAUAAAUGUACACUAUACUUAUAGCGUACACUUAUAAGAUAUGUCUUAUCUACGUAAGUACCAUUAUUACAGAAUGUUACUUAUAUGGAUAGCGGUUCUUCUAAUCAUCGGCCAUGUUGGAUCUUCACCAUUCGGUCCCGUCUAUCCAAUUACUGCUGCUGUUUUUAGGAAUAGAUACUCUGAUGCCGAAUGGAAUGAAACGCUUGGUCGAUUUAAGAAUGUAGGAGGUGAUACCGUUAUUUUCCGAGCACCUGCUUUGGAAGUUCGGACAAAAGCUAGCCUUGACAACGACCCGGAUUAUGCUUCUUGUGGAUCUUCGUUUGGAGAGUCAAGUUGUUACGACACUGCUACUCAAGAUUUGACUGGAAAUGGAUUAAACGUCACUGCCAUUAUAACCUACAGUAACGACGAAAACUACGGAGCGUCCAUUCUCAGUUGUCCUGGGUAUGACAAACGUCUGAACAGUGCAACCAACAAAAUAUACAACAGAAUAGUUCUACCUUUACUUCCAGUGAGUGGCAACUGUUCUUUCCCAAAAGGCAGUAAAGUUGUGGUAUUGCUGUCAGUGUUCUCAGGAGGGGAUCCGCAUGAAGUAAUACUCAAAAGUGCUGCCAGUCGGAACAUCUCGGUUUUAUUAGGACUUCCUGCCAUACCGGUAAAGACGUCAAUUUCAGCACUUAAUCUCAUGCCAGCAUACAUAGCUUGGAUAGAACGUGUUUUGAAUGACCAUAAAAUAAGAUAUGCUCCGUCUAUGAACAAAACAAUUGUUGGUUAUUAUUCCCGUGAUGAAAUUCUUCUCAGUGAAAUCGAAUUACCUUUGAUUCAGUUUUAUAAGUUAAUAGCUAGUACCGUUCAUGGCUUUGGGAAGAAGAUUCUCGUCUCGGCGAACAUUGAUCUUAGUCGCCUUACUCUAAACAAGACUGUUGAAGACCAUGUACAAGGAUUUUCUAAAUUGUCUGACCGAAAAUCUGCAAAUAUUGACUUCAUUGCUGUACACGAAGGUCGAGGUUAUGGUCGAGGUGGAUUAUAUUGGCCGACGCAAGUAGAUCAACCAAUAAACGCUUCGGAUACAAAACUUAUGCAAAUCUUACAACGACGUCAUCCAAUGGUAAAACCAAAUGUGACAUUCGGCGAAGUAUUCACUGGAAGCAUACAAGAGCUAUUCCAAGAUCUGAACAACUACAGAGUUCUUAACAAGAAUACAUCUGAUUUGUGGCUGUUACUGGAAGCAGAGGAAGAUUUGAUUGACGAUGUUUGUCUCCCAGUGGAUACCAAAGCGUCUGGUAAUUCUGAUAUCAUCGACAGAACCAGUAAAUCUAGAAUUGAUCGUUCCCUGUCUGCUACCGGUGCAGCAGUGCAGAAGGUUAUGGCGUUUGCUUACGAUCCAGAGUUUACGUGUACAACAAAGAGCCAAACGAUCCCAUUAGUUGAGGAGAUAUCAACAGAUUCUGGUCGACCAAUAAUAAGCAAAUGCUCUUUCCAUUCGUCUGCUAAUAGAUCCGUAGUGGUGAUUGGGUACAAUCUUGAUGGUGAAACACAAGGGUUUCAGGUCGAUUGGCCAGAUCGGGACGGCAAACAACACCAUGACCAUGUAAAUGGAUAUUAUUUUGAAUUAGACUAUGGUGAGCAGCAUGGACUGAUUCCGUCUCUGGAGUAUACACAACUAUAUGACCCGUAUGACGUGAUAACAUUGGCUGUCCACGGAUACGUUAAUGUUAAAGCAAUUGGAAGUUACCAUGGUUGCAGUUUUGUUUUUGACUAUCGACAAAACAGUCAGAGUGACAAUGACACUUCAGAAAUACUUUGAAAAUAAAAUUACUUGUUUAAGACUUAGGUAUAUAAAGCGUAUUAGGUUAUAAGCCACUAACUGAGCCUCCUGGCAGAAUGUCCUUUCCAUUUCGAACACACAAAAGUUCAUCUCAGGAUUUUGUUGGGUUCCUGUCAAUAUAUUUGUUUUGUGUUUCGUGCAUGUUU